AUGCCAGUUAGUCGAGCAACGAGCCGCCGGGCCCCGACAAACGAGAACGAUGAAAAUGUUGCCGGUGUCACAACUCGUCUUACCAGAUCGAAGUCUGCAGCCUUUACCACAGGAGAAGUUACCGGUGCUGUUAAGAAGCCACUUGUAAGCAAGAAAUCGACUAUCAAUACACAACCCCUCCGAAAGCGAGCCGCGUUGGGAGAUGUAAGCAACGUCGCCAAGGGAGGAGAUGCAGUCGAGGGAAAGAAGCCCGCUGCCAAAAGUGGUCUAGUCUCGAAAGCUUCACAGCCAACUGGCGUCACCAAGCACACUACACGAUCAGCCCUCGGAGCUAAGGAUGCAAACAAGAAGUCAUCGAGUAAAGCUGCUGGAUCGGGAGUAAUGAAGAGAAAGACCACUGCUGCAGCAGCUCCAAUAGCAACCUCUGUCAAAGAAGAGACACUCGUUGAAGAUGAACAGCCAUCCCGAAAGAAGGUCCACAUUGAAGCAAAAAAACACGCCGAAGUUGUCGAGGAGCAGGAGAAUGAGACAGAAGCAGAGGCAGAGGCUAUCAUCGACCCAGAGCCAAAGGAAUCUGUUAAAGUUGAGUUCGCCGAAGGUGUACGCGACUUGGAUGCCGAAGACCUUGAUGAUCCUUUGAUGGUGGCCGAGUAUGUUGUUGAAAUUUUCGAAUACUUGAAGAAGUUGGAGAUCGCUACCAAGCCCAACGAAAAGUACAUGGCACAUCAAGAGGAUCUGGAAUGGAAGAUGCGUGGUAUUCUUGUCGACUGGCUUAUUGAAGUUCACACACGCUUUCACCUUCUCCCGGAAACCUUGUUCCUUGCUGUUAACAUCAUCGAUCGCUUCCUCUCCACAAAGGUUGUUCAGCUUGACCGUCUCCAACUUGUUGGUGUUACUGCCAUGUUCAUCGCCUCCAAGUAUGAAGAAGUUCUCUCACCACACGUUGCCAACUUCCGUCACGUUGCCGAUGAUGGCUUCACCGAAGUAGAGAUCCUCAGUGCCGAACGAUAUGUUCUCAGCGCUCUCAACUAUGACUUGAGCUACCCCAACCCCAUGAACUUCUUAAGACGUAUCUCCAAGGCUGAUGACUACGACAUUCAGACCCGUACUUUGGGCAAGUACUUGAUGGAAAUUAGUCUUCUUGAUCACCGAUUCAUGAAGUACCUGCCUAGUCACGUCGCUGCUGCGUCCAUGUAUCUCGCCCGGCUUAUCCUUGAGAAGGGUGAAUGGGAUCCAAUGUUGACUCACUACUCCGGUUACAGUGAGGAUGAGAUUGAACCUGUCUUCCAAUUGAUGGUUGACUACCUUGCUCGCCCUGUUACCCACGAGGCAUUCUUCAAGAAGUAUGCUAGUAAGAAGUUUUUGAAGGCUUCGAUCCUUACCAGACAAUGGGCUAAGAAACAUGCAUCUCUUUUUGGUAUUGAUGUUACUCAACCUUUAGAAUCUUCAUAG